UUCCUCGUCGAUCUGAAAUAAGCCACUAGAUACCGGUACCGCAAUCAAUCGGCUAAACUUCUCAAAAUGUCGACGAGUGGUGGAAAGUGGGAAACGGUUUCACACAAAAAGAAGGCCACUGUGGCCGAUAAAAAGGCGGCACAGAGAGCACUUGUUCAAAAUGCACCAACAGUGGAUCAGAUGUCCCCACUUCAGGAGAGUGCCACCAUGUUUAGUGAGGCAUUUACAAACGGUUCAGCAAAGGGCUCAAAGAAGGCCAACGGGGAUGCAAGCCAUAGCAGCAAAAAACCAAACCAGCCAAUCCAACAGCAGAAGAAGAAGAAAGGAAGCAGUGAUGGAAAGAAGAAACCAGAAAGAUUUAAUACCCUUGAUGAAGCACUGGAUGCCCUUCAUGUCUCUGAGGUUAAAGGUCAACUUGAUGAUGUGAAGGAGAGGGUUCCGGAUUCACCAGCUCUUUGGUUGGGAGACUUGGCUCUUUUGCUGAACAGGAAAUUAUUGACAAAGGAAUUGGAUCCAACCUUCCCUGACAAGCCAUCUGAUUAUCCUCUUUGUAAGAUGAGUAGUUCAGUGAGGAAUCUUCUGAAGACAUUGAUGGAUACAUACCCUGAUAGAAUGCUUAGUAUGUUCUUUCAACAUUGCAUCAGAGAGAUAGAGAAUGAUCUUCCUAAAGGAAAUGCAGUGAAUGGAUAUCGGAUCUUUCUCCAGCUCCUUGCAGUGGAAUAUCCUCAUUUUGUUACUAAUCGUAUCUCUGAUUAUCUGGAGGUAUUGAAACGAAGACAGAGUGACCGGGCUACUUGUUUGACCAUCCUAUGGGGAUGUAUUCAAGCUGGUCAUCAUGAUCCAGUCAUUGGAUUGCAAGUUUGGAGUAAGCUGAUGUUACCUCUUCUUGGUCAUAAGAUGGUUUCUCCUUAUGCUAUCUCUACCUUGGAUUGGUUCUUAGGGCAGAAGCUGGAUGAAAAACGUGCCAGUCAAGUUCUAGGUCCUAAUGAGUUCUUCCCUAUUCUCGACUAUGUUUUCACACCUAACAACUCACUUCAACCAAACUUACAAAAACAACUGUUUGGCCACUACCCAAGACUCAAGAGCUUUGCCUUCAAAGAGAAUCCUGAGUCCAACCUGAGGAAUUUCUUUCCUUCUCUUCUCGCUAGAACAACAGAUCAUUGUCCCAUUGCUCUAAAAACAGAGCUACUUGAGUGCCUUGUAUACUGUCUGUGUCAUGAUCAGCAUUGUUUCAGUGAGUGGCGUCAGAUGUAUGAUAGUCAUAUGAAACAAUCUAGCGUCUUGAUGAAUCAUAUCAUUAAAGUCUGGGAUCAAGUUAAGCUUCCUAAGAAGCUCUUACAGGAGACUGUACGUGCAUUCAGUGUAACCAAUGAGGAACAGCUUUCUUUAACUCAGGCCAGUAUUAGACGUAUUCAUAUUGAACAAUGCAAGGCAGCUUGUGAGGAAUUAUUGGAGAAAAUGAGCACUUUCCGGAUGCCAUGGAAGACAAUGACCUCUGUUGUCUUUCUUUCCAUCAUGACAUUCUUAGUCCUGGAUCUAUUUACCAGCAAUGGUUUCAGUGGUUCAAGGACAGAGACAUUCCUUCAGAAAUCAGGACUUCUUGCUGUUACCAAACAUGCUUGGGCCAAAAUCUCUUUCUUUUCAACAAACAUGAUGGGAUGGCUGCAGGUAAACGCACCAAUCUACUAUGCCAAGAUAAAGGAACUCUGUGGACCUUACCUCACUCUCGCAUUGGAAAAAAUUUAUGAUCUAUGGGCUUGGUUUGUUACCUUGGUUACGCCAUUCAAAGAAUGGAUUGCAGAGAAUGCUCCCAUCUGGUUGGACUGGCUUCUGGCACAGACUGUUGAGAUCCUUCAGCUUUUGAUGGUUUGGUUGACUAGAUUAUGGGAAGUAGUAUGUGACUACGCUAUCGCUGGUUGGAUUGUUGUAGCGCCAUACAUGCAGCAAGCCUGGGAUGUGACUAUAGUCUACAUGGCCUUGGUCUGGGAAGCCAUGUAUCCAGUCCUGGACCAAACAUGGAUCAUGCUAAAAACAAUGUUCAGCAAGACGUAGACCCAGGAUCCCAGAUGAAACACCAAUCCAAUCAUCAAGUUUCAUCUGGAAAUAUUCUUAUCCAAAUUGAUAUCAAUUAAUUUACAUUUAUCUCUAAUAUAAUUGUUAAAGUCCAUUAAGUUUAUCUUUAAGAUUCUAUGAAUUAUGAUUUAGAAAAUGUCCAACAUUGCACUAUAAGAGAUUCCAAUGUAUUUAUUCUGUGCUUUGUACGAAGAGAGUUUGGUGCUUUAAUGGCUUGCCAUCUUGUAAUCAAUGCAAUGCGUAAUUCAAUACAGGUUUGACAUCUUGUGAGAAAAAAAAUCCUUGUUACAAGUUCACUCAAUUUUUCUUUUGUCAUAUAUGUAAUGUAGUGUUUAUAUUUGGGAAAUGUUAACAUCUUUGUGGUUUUCUUGGAUAUCCUUUCAAUAUCAUUUUGUCUUUAAGUAGUCCUUGAUACGUAUCCUAUAUAGCUAAUUUCAUGCAUAAAAAUCACGGGAACUAGUGUAUGAUGGGACGGGUGUAUUCAGGUAAUGUUAGAUUCAUGUUUACUAUGUAGUAAUAUUUAUUAUUAACCGUAUCAGACAUCUGAGCAGGGCAACUUUGAAACAUUGUUGCCUGCUUAAGACUGGGAUCAAAUGGCCGGUCAAUAAAAUUCCAAUUGUUUAUCCACGGGCCCAAUUUAUUGCCCGCUUAGGAAAGUCAAUGAGAAAAUGCGUGGAAAUGUAGCGGGCAAUAAAAGGCAGCGCUAAUAUCCGGGUAUUCUACGCGUUUUUGCACGCGUCCUUGAACCGCGCAGUGCUAUACGUCAUAAUGGUAAUCAAGUUAAGACAACGCUGGAUACUGCGUCCCUAGGCCAGGGACGCGUCAUUUCAAUUACGUCACAAUGAUAAAGUUCAGAAGCCCAGUCUGCUCAACAUGAUAAACUAGAUUCUCAUUCUAAAAAUUUAAAAUAUCUAAAUUUUAACGAUUUUUGCUCUAGAUGUCUGAUUUGGUUAAUAAUAGCAAUAUUGACUGGCCUGGGGGCGAAAGGACAUAUAUCGCCCUCACUAAAUUGAUAUCACCCUCGUCUACGACUCGGGCGAUAUAAAUCUAGUUUGGGCGAUAUAUGUCGUAUCGCCCCGAGGCCAGUCAAUAUUGCUUUAUUGUAUGGAGUGCCUCACAUGGUCAGCUAGGCAAGGCCAGGUUAUUACUGAUAGGGAACUCUGCAGAGUGGAUGCAUAAAAACACUCUAUUACUUGCAGGUUCAGUUUAUGGAAUUCAUGUCAUUAUUAACAAAGGUUCAGAAGGAAGGACAACUAAAGCCAUAUUGUUGCUUAUAGAUAUUUUGUUAUGUCUCCAUAUCUGCACAUUAAAUGGGUACAAAGAAUUUGGAUUUUUCAGGAUUAUCAGGGGUAUGAGAGUUCAGAUUUUUAUCUGAUUUCAGAUUUUUUUGUUUUGAUUUUCAGCUUAUUUUUGGCCUUCCUCAGUACAAAAAGUAUGGGAGCUCUUUCUAUUUCAGACUUUUUCAACACUCUUCAGCUUUUUUCAGAUCUUUUUAUUUGUGACCACUCACACCCCUGGAUUAUUCAUAUUUCUGACAUUAGCAAGUUAAAGGUUUAGUUUGAUCUUUUGUAUACAUUUAUAGAUGAGUAUUACCUUGCUAUUCCCACUCUUGCUUCCAUUAUUCUCCCCCCCCACCACUUCCACUUUCUCUUCCUCCCACUAUCUCUCACUUUUGUUCACUUUUUGAGACAGGUGGGCUAUAGAAGGGUCAUAUUUAAGAACCAAUUUUUUAAGGACAUUUACGCAUGCUGAAUAUAGACACCAAAAUCAGCUCAAAGGCCUUCACAUAAGAUUUUUUUUUUCCAUUUUCAAGAGGUAACGAGUGUUUUAAGGCUGUCCCAUUUUCACCUGAUUUUCUUAAAAAUUGUGUCAUAGGUCAGGACAAAAUCUCCUUUAAAUGAAAUAUCACCCGUUUGUAGGCCACCUGUAAUAUAAUCACAAAAGAAAUACAACAGCAAAGGAAGAAAGUGUGUCUUUUACCUUUAUUACUAUUGUCUUAACACUUGGUCUAGAGGCAUUUCAAGAUUAAUAAAUUUUGGUAAAGGGUCAUAGAGUCGCCAGUUUGAAAAAAAUCAUGGAAUUCACAGAAUAUGGAAAGCACAAUGUUUUUAUGUUAGACAUUUUGAAUUACUAAAAUACCACAAAAAUCAUGAGAAUUAAAGCAAAGUCGGCCAAUAAUUUCUUUUAGCAAAGUCAUUGACAAGCUUUUUCUAUUCUGCAGUGAAUAUAUUAAAAUGGAUACUGGUUUUUCUUAGAUAUUCACUAUUCACAAUUGCCUUAUGUUUUUACAUGUCACUUCAAAAUAUAGAAUUUGAUGUUCAGAACACAAACUUUCAUUUAAGAAAAUGGAAAACUGAGGAAUUUAUUGUGAAUUUUUUUGUGAUCAUUUCAUGUGUAGAUGUUAAACAAGUACAGUGUAUAUCCAUUUCCUGUAUUUCACUUCUGAUUUAUUUUUUGAGGCAGUUUACCGACUGUAAAGAGUAUUUGCUAGUUUGUAAUCCAUUUUCACAUUCUAUGAUAUUGCUACCUGUACAUUGUAACACUGUACGUUGGACUGAAUUCAUGUAUGAUAUAUUUGUUGUAAGGUUGGACAAUUCACAGAAAGAAAUAAAACAAGUUUAUUUUUUUUUUCCAUUCA